AUGAUUUCGAAAACCAGUAAUUCCAGACAGACUCCAGAGCGAGUCUCAGGGCCGAAGCACUUUCGAGUUGUUUUUGGUGAACAGUUUGUAGACGGUGUACGAGGCAAAAUGAUAAACUGGAAUAAGAAAGAAUCUCGAGUACUCUGUUCUGAAGAGGAUCUUUCUCACAAUGUAGAAGGUAUAGUGUCUGUUGUCUGCAAGGAUGAACGGAUGAACAAACGAGAAGUUCUGAACAAUGAAGAAGAUCAAGAAAAACCAGAACGCGUUGAGCACGAGGUAUUUUCUUGCAACCAACGACUGGACGUAGCCAUCGAUGAAUUUCGGCGAGAGCCAGAGGGGAAUCGAGAAACAUGUGAGGAAAGUAAAGCAGUAGAACACCUGGGUCAGGUGUGGCACCACAACGUGGUUGGCAGAGUCUCCGAGGGUGAUGCCACCAUUUUGAAUGACAAAAUUGGCAAAGGCCAAAAACACCAUUAG